UGGAACGUCAUUUGCGUCCUUAGUUUGCGCACGCGCUUAGAUGUUUUAGUCACGGAAGCACCUGAGUUGUUGUAUGCGUUCACAGCUUUGCUAGGCUUAUGGUGGUGUGAAGUAAAUGGUUCAAAUGCGUUAAGGGACAGCAUGUUCGGCUAUGUAACGUUAUGUGUCGCGUUGUUAUCACUGGUAGUGUUGUUCCUCCCUCGUGAAUGGUCCUUUAAAUUUGGAAAAGAUUCAACCUCGGGGCCCCCUGUGCGGCUACUGAACAGCCGUGAAUUAUCACUGUACAGCGGGGAGGAAGGCAGCAAGGGCCUCUACCUAGCCAUACUGGGCAAAGUUUUUGAUGUACACAGGGGACAGAAGCAUUACGGACCUGGUGGUGCUUAUCACAUUUUGGCAGGCAAAGAUGCCUCACUGGCCUUUAUCACUGGGGACUUCACGGAAAGUGGUCUGACAGAUGAUGUGUCCAGCCUGUCCCCACUGCAGAUGAUGGCCCUUUAUGACUGGCUGGCCUUCUAUCAGAGGGACUACCAACCUGUAGGUCUGGUGAUAGGUCGGUUCUAUAGCAAGACUGGGCAGCCCACGGAGGCCCUUUUGCAGGCAGAAGCAACACUAGCAGAGGGCCAGCGAAUCAAAGCCCAGUCUGAGGCUGAGAUGUUACGCUUUCCAGCUUGCAACUCACAGUGGAGCGCUGCCGGGGGAGGAAGAGUCUGGUGCUCAACUAAGAGUGGUGGGGUGGAAAGAGGCUGGACGGGUGUCCCCCGCAAGCUCUUCUCUCCAGGCUCCAAGGGCGUUCGCUGUGUCUGUGUUGAAGACCCAUCAGCAGCAGAGGAAGACCCCAACUUGCAGAAGUAUGACGGCUGCCUUCCACUUGCUGACUCAUGCUCUGUUCAAGAGAACUAAUCUAUGGGCCAACCCAGAGAAUGGACUUAUUCAUGGCCUGCUUUGCCGCAGCACAAAACUCAGGAAAACUUUUAUAAAUCACAUCAAUGAACUUAAGCAUAAUAAAAAAAAAGUUAGAAUUAAAAGAAAUUCAAUGCAUUGGUUUUUUGAUGACCUUUAUGUAAAGUUGUCCUCCCUUUCUCUAAAAGGAUACACCAGGAAGAGACAGGCUAGAUAUCUGAGCAUACAGAUACAAUAUAAUGUGCAUAAAAGAUUAAACAAUGUGCAUAAAAGAUUAACAGAGGCAAGAUUUAGGUUUGUCACAAUGACAAGCACAAACUGCAUUAAAGUACAAAACAGUUGUAGUGGUCAAAAAUAUCACACAUUUAUCUGUACAAUUUAACAA